CUUUCAUGCUACCCUUUUUAAUUGUUAUGUCACGUGUCAUAUCAGUAUGUUUAACCUAACCACACUGAAGAUUUGUUAAUAAAUUUAGAGAAUUGAGCCGUUCUCCAUUCGCUAUGCUCAAAAGCAAUGCAACAAAAUUUUAAUCCUAUUUCACCGUAGUGUGCUAACAUAACAUGCAAUUUUUUAAAUAAAAAAAUUAUGCAAUGGCAAGUUCUGUGAUACUCGCUGGUCUUGGUAUGGCAGCAGUUGGUUUCGCUGGUCGCUAUUUGCUAAAACAAAUGCCCAAUGCGUCGAUGAAAUUCGCUGAAGCUGUUAAAAAUUUACCCAAGUUUGAUGCUGAAAGUCUAGCUAACUCAAAAUAUUAUAAGGGCGGUUUUGAACCCAAGAUGACAAAAAGAGAAGCAGCCUUAAUUUUGGGCGUAAGCCCCACGGCUAAUAAAGCUAAGAUAAGGGAAGCCCAUAGGCGCAUUAUGCUUUUAAAUCAUCCAGAUAAAGGAGGAUCCCCAUUAAUAGCUGCUAAAAUAAAUGAAGCUAAGGAUAUCUUAGAAAGUGGAAAGUCAUGAAUUUGUUAGUGUACAUUUUUAUGGUUUCUUAAUUAUUUUAAUAGACUUUUUUACCUGUUAGUUAGUAAAAUGUGUAAUAAUGUUACAUGUAGUUUUUCUUAAGAAGAAGAAUAUGAUGAAAAGAAAAAAUAGCUUUAUUUCAUAAUUGUUUUAUGUUGUUUUAAUUUCAUGUAAAAUUUAAAUAAAACUAUGCCUGCAUUCUCGUUUCCCCCGGAA